CUCAUCCGGGCGGUGGAGGAGCAGACGCAGAAGGUGACGGCAUCGCUCAUGACGAGCCGCAUGCAUUCCAUGGACGGCGAUGCAGACUCGGACAAGGAGAAUAGUGGUGCCUCCCAGACAGCGGCCAAGGACGGCACUCAGGGCAUGGCGACGCCCGUGCGUCCCAACGGUUCGCUGAAAGUGGUCACAAAGGGCGACAUCGAGGUCGACGGUGCGCUAACGGUGCAGAUUUAUGACGUCCGCGCUAGCGCCAAGAAACGUAGCAGACCCAUUCGCGAGAUCUCGCAGGCGAUCGCCGAUGAGACCGCCAAAGCCGCCGUCUCCAAGCCGACCGGCUCCCGCUCCCGGUCACGAAAAGGCUCGCGCUCCGCCGUGGCCUCGCGGCUCCCGUCACGGGCGAGCUCACUCGGUAGCACUGGCAAUGGCCGCCGCCCACGAAAAACAGCAAAACAAAUGGCAUCUUCAACGUCAGGCGGCUUUGACCCGGUUGACGAGGACGACAACCUCUUUCGAUCUAACGGAUGGUGGACGGAGCACCGAUCCUACCAGCCGGAGCGCCGGCAGCGGCGCCUUUCGCUGCAGGACACCUUGAACACGUCGGGAGCUGCCGGUGCCACCACCGUGUCAACGUCGCACAGUGGGAAGACCGGCACCUCGAAGGGCCGUCCACUGCUUUCUAGCGCCCCUGGCGUUAUGGAGUCUUCCCUUGUGACGGCGUCGUUGACGGCGUCUGUGACCACAUCGAGACGCGCGACGCCCCGCGGACGCAGCACCAGUAAGGCGGUAAAAAAGAGAAUGCCGCUGAGGCGGCGACGGCGGCGGGUUGCACCGGAUGUGCAACUGUCCUGUGCGCAUCGCACCAAGGAGCAACGUUUCCACCGACGACGGAAUGCACCAGUCGCAGACACUUUUGCUGCGGCCGCCACGAAAAAGUCACCAAAACACGCGGACGCUGGCGGAGAGGUUGUUGAUGUUGACGAGGAAAGGGAGAGUAUGUCCUCUUUUGAGUCUCUCGCAAAAACCGAUCGACGCCGCGAGGCUGUUGCGCGAGGAGGCGGCUCGGCGCAUGUUGCUGUCGUCCACGCUGUUGGUGGAGCACGAGUGGCUGUUGGCAAGCUUCCGCUUGACGAUCACGGAGGACCAGGAGCGCUACAACAUCACGUGGCUGGCGGAGGAGCAAGCGAAGUCCGCCUCGCACGCCCACAAGUUCAAAGAGCUGUUUCAGAUCCCCAACAAAAAAAUGCUUCGCCGAGUACGAGCACAAGUGCACCUGCACCUGCUGCGGCAUCGUCCAUCCGAACAGCUCCGCGCUGCGCGACACGUGCGCGUAACGGGAGGUCGUGGAGGUGGGCAGGCAAUCCGCAAACAAAACGGAACCAAAAGAAGAAGGGCACCGCCGCCGAAGCGAAGACGGCUCGCAGCGAUGGAAGUGGCCGCCGACGAGGCCGUGGAGCCCAUCGUGACGCAGACGCGGAGGUGGACGACCUCGGCGACGACGCGAUCGACCAAGGUCCCGUGAACCUCUCCCUCUCCCGCGGGUUGGGGGGUGGCCGGAAGACAGCGCCACAAGACUCCUUUUCGGCUGCUGCGCGGGGCGGCGGCGCAAAGAAGACCUCCACGCACAUGUCGAUCGCCGCCAUGCACCAGCGCGUGAUGGGCAGCGGCUACGAUGCGGAGGACAUCCUUCUGCCAACGGAUGGUGGUGAAGGGAAGCGACGCCCGAGUGCGGGUCGCAUCGACACGCCCGUCGACAACGUCCCGGAAGGCCCGUGGCGCCCUUUUGCAAAGCUACGACGCGAGGUCGCCGCUCUUUCGGAUCAGACGCUGACGACGGAGGAGCGCGAAGUGAUUCUUCACGGAGAGUGGGUGCGCUACUUUUACCUGUACCCCAACCCCGAGCAGAACGCUCUCCCCGCCUCGCCUGAAGACGGGCCCUUUUGCUUUGUCUAUCACAUCCAACCCGGUCGGACCGGGGCGGUGUUCCUCUCGAGUGAGUUUCCCAUGCACUCGGCGGUGUUCUCUUUGAUGGAGCGGCAGCUCUUCGUUGUUGACCAGGUGAACACCCUCGCGGACGAAGACGUCACACGCGCGACCACCCUGGUCAAGGCGAAGAGUACCGCUGGCCUCAGUACCGCCUACCACGCACUGCAAGAGAUCGUCGCGUAUGACACAAAUCUCACGAAGCAGCGGCGGGCGCCCGGUACGGUGUCCGUGUACCAGGCCCCGCGCAGCGCAUACGGCUGCCACGGAGAACCGUACGUGUUCGUGCGUUGGUUCCGCUUCAACGAGGAUCGAUCCCUGAGCGCCUUCCUCCUGUCCAACGGGGCUGUCCGUUUUGUAAACAACGAAUUUGAGCUGCGCUGGUUCGAUGAGAACCGCAAGUUCCUCGUCCGCAGCAACGGCAUGUGUGAGGUGGUGGGCGACAGCACCUUUGCCCUUGCCCCAGCCAUCAACCAGCUCCUCUACGGCAGCUUUGAUGCCUAA